CAGCUAAUAUCUCGAAGUGCUGUACAGAAACCCAGCCUAAAACCCCAAACAGCAAGCAAUCCAGGUGUAGAAGAAAUCUCCGUAUCAAUAAUCUCAGUUAAUUUCUGUUUUAUGAGAUUUCAUUAUAUAACUUUGUGGCUGUGAUAACUAGAGGAAACCCAUUCGGAUUCGUUAAUGUCGCUGAUUUCAUGGAACUUUUGUUUGUUUUCCAGUAUUGCUGUGCGUGGCGCGGCGGCGUGCAGAAUCCAGGAGAGGCCUUUCAAUUUCGGUGACGUCGUCACAUCGCGACUUCCGGAUUCUCGUUGACUGGAGUAAAAGAGAAACUGCGCGCUGAUUUUGAGCCUCAACUACCAAUUUACAUUGAGAUCUAGCAGUCUAUAACCAAAAUGGAUACGCAGUUUCUGAAAAUACCACCGAAGCGCACAUGAGUUUCUCUCCAGCUACAGUGUAACGUUCGUUUCACAGAAUGGACCUGCCGUGUGUCGAGUGGCAAAAGCAUGUUGAACAGAAGUGGAGCCGACUCACUCUUGAUGAGAAGAAAUGCUUCUCGUCCCUGUUGGACAUAGAUGAGGUCUUUGAUUUUGGCCUGUCUCAAAUAAUCUCCCUCUUCUCUCUGCAGGGUGUGUGUCAUGCGUCUCUGAGCUCAGAGCAGCUCUCUCUGUGCUAUGCCAACCGUUCUGCAGCACUAUUCCACUCCACACUAACAGGGGAGUGCCUCGAGGACAUCGACAGAGCCCUGAAACACGGCUACCCAAGUCACCUGAAGCACAAACUACAGGACAGACAGGCACAGUGCCUCAACCACUUCCCCAACGGGACAGAGGGGCUAAACACYRCCAAGCAGGGGGCAGGGCACCAGGCAGAGGGGUUAAACACUGCCAAGCAGGGGGCAGRGCACCAGGCAGAGGGUGUGUGUAGCAGGACCAACUCAACAAAGCCCAACCCAAAGUCCCCAAACUCACAACAGCAGAAUGGGAUUUCUCCUGUGUCGUGUCUCCCACCUGGUUUGUCCGUGUGCUUCAGCCCUGAAAAAGGGCGACACCUGGUGGCCACCAAGGAAAUCGCGGCCGGCGAGGUGAUAUUGGAGGACASGGCUUACAGCUGUGUGCUUAUACCCGGGAUGGKGGGAGGGRGAGAGAGAAGAGAGGAGACGGAGGAAGCAGGAAGAGUGUUUGGGACCGAGGUGAGGCGCUGUCAUCAGUGUUUGGGGGAGACAGUGAGCCCUGUGCCAUGUGAGGGGUGCAGCUACGCUCGCUACUGCUCAGAGGGGUGUCGGCGGGKCGCGUGGGAGCGGCAUCAUCGCUGGGAGUGUCCAAUCGGAGCCGAGCUGUGUACUGCGGGAGUGAUGUCACAGCUGGCGCUGAGGGUGGCGUUAAAGGCGGGGGUGAAGGAGGUACUGAAGGCACGGCAACCAAUCAGAGACGCGGAUACUGAUUCUAAACUAAUCGGCGAGAAGAUUAGCUCCAAGAAUUCCAGUUCUAAGCCAAUCACAGAAAACAUCCGCCCAAAGAAGAAGAAUUCUGGGUCCAGUGACGCCACCUCAACUGAGCCGGAGAUCAACGACCCCUCUGCUUAUUACCAUGGUGAUUCCUACCUGAGCGUCUACCACCUGCUGCCUCACCUGAAUGGCCACGCCCCCAGCCUGCGCUUCUUGUGCUCUGUCACCAUAGCAACGCUCUACCUGCGGCUGCGCCAGGCGGGACCUCCACCUGUGUCCUGGGAGAUGGGAGGAGCCUCAGAAAGCAGGAAGUGCAGUAACCAAUCGCAGGCCCCCGAGGAGGGAGAGGGCUGGACUCCGGAGCUAAGCCUGCUGGGAAGUGUAGUUCUGAGGCACAUGUUGCAGCUGAGAUGUAAUGCCCAGGCAGUGAGCCUGCUCAGAGACACAGGUGAUUUUACUGCGGUGCAGUCCACACAGGAAGUGCGCAUUGCCACGGCAAUAUUCCCCACACUGAGUAUCCUGAACCACUCCUGCUGCCCCAACACAAGUCUCAACUUCAGGACCUCUCACCUGGUCUCACCUCAACCAGACCUAGUCUCUACUGAUGAACUGGGUUCUACUGGUCCUGAGGCCUGUUCUGCUCCUGUCUCCGUAUCCGCUGGAGUAGCUGCCUCUAUCAGAGCGUCCAGAGACAUCUGUCCUGGACAGGAAGUCCUGCACUGUUACGGGUUGUUACAGAGAGCCGUGUCUCAGGCUGGUGUCUUCCUGAAAGAGACUCAUCCUCUACAGGGACAACUGGCUGAUGCCAUGGCCCGAGCAUAUUCCACUAUGGGUGAGUGGCGAGGGGCAGCGUCUCAGUUGGAGCAUAGUGUUGUAGCCAUCCGUUCCCAGUAUGGAGAGGACAGUAUAGAACUGGGACAUCAGCUCUUUAAACUGGCACAGCUGCACUUCAAUGGGGGUUUCCCAGGUCCAGCGCUCUCUGUGAUCUCCAGGGCCAGAAGACUCCUGUCCCUCCACUGUGGACCCCACUGUCCUGAGGUACAGGAACUGCAGGCCAUGGAGGACUGUCUACAGGGGGUGUUGUAAGACAGACAUGCAGGGAGAGCUGUGUGUGUGAGAGAGAGAAACACCAGACUGUAGCAGUGUUGUAGUACUCGAGACCGGUCUCUUUGAGCGUCUCAGUCUUGUCUCUGUUACAGGAUACAUUUGUUCUCUGUCUUGACUCGGUGUCAGACAGAGAGGACUCUUCAUUUCUUCCUGAGACCAGCCAAGACCAGCGGAGUAAAAAAUUUUUUUAUCAGCUUCCAUUUAAUAAGUGCAUAAAACCGCCAAAUGUAUCCACUCCUUUCUUGAAACAUUUAAUACGUGAAACGCCUUUAAAUCUGUUCUAGACACAGUGGUGAACCUGUUGAACCUGAGCCUUCAACCCUUUGCUCCAGUCCAUGRUCAAAACGUGCCCUCUUUGGCCUCAUGGGUGGAAUGUUAUUAAUAUUUUUCCUAAUUAAUUAACUUUAUAAAAAAAUAAACAAAAUUCCGGUGUUUUGUCUGGGGGGUUUCUGUGAUUGUAUAUAAGGUUGAAUAUCGGGAUGCAAUUUUUAUUUCUGCUCCUUUUGUUUUCAACAAUUGUUAUUUCAACUUUAUAUUUGACAUGGUAGAGGUAUCGUUUAAAAAAAAUGUUUUUAAAUAUACGCCACUAACCGUG